GCUAAGUAACAGCAGUGCUUGUCAAGAAAGCAAACAUUUUUACACAUCUAACCUGAGAUUACGCAUUUUUUUAAAUAAUAUGUGCGCAUCUCUGCAGUUCCUUAACAAUACGCAAUAAUUUUAUUCGGAGGAUGAACGAUCUCUUAAAAGAAUUGCCCUCCUGCCCGGAGGCGAAGAAAUGUGAAAUUUUGAAUCAAUUUCUCAUUAAGUAUGCUCUCACGCUAAAGUUCGAUGAACUAAAUGAAAAUGGUCAACGUCAAGCCAUUUGGGAAUCUCUUUUUGAUAUACUGGAAACUCCAGAAAUAUCAGCGAUCCAUGACCUUUCCUUAGCUGCUUUAAGAAUUCUUAGUCGGGACAAAACUGAUCUGGAAAAUCUCAUAACACAUAAGAGAAUAAAUAUUGUUUUAGAUAAUGCAGCACUUGGGGAACAUAAUUCUGAACAAAUAAAAGAGACAAAAGUUAUUACAGAGGCUUUGAAACUCCUAUGCAAUCUCCUGUUCAACAGUGAAAAGGUUCAGAAAUUAAUUGUUUCGACAACCGCCAUACCCCAUGUUAUAAAUCGCCUGAAUAACUAUGACAAGAAUAUUUCUCAUGAGAUAAGAUUAUUUGAUACCAGAAUACUGUUUUUGAUCACUGCCUUAAACGUACCAACAAGAAAUUUCGUUCGAGAACGACUUCAUGGGGACGAAUGUCUUGAAAAACAUCUGAAGAAAAUUAUCUUGGAAGCUGGAAACAAUCUCAACGAAACUCAAACUGUUCUUGCUUGCGAGAUUUUGAAAGUUCUUUUUAAUCUUCAUAUCAAAGAAAGUACAGACAACGAGAAGGAAAAGUUGGAAGAAUUGGUCACAAUGUUACGUCAAUUAUUCCUAUCAGGUAGUGCAAUGGCAGAAGAGCUGCAAAGUAAUAUUAUCAAUCUUCUUACUGCUCUUCCAUACUCAUCUUAUGGACCCUUUGCCCCGGAUGUCGAUGAGCCCAAUGCGGAUGGCAGUGAGGUAGUCUACAGGAAAAAGGAUAUGACUGCUAUGGCUAAACUAUUAAAAUUCCUGGACAGUAGAUUAGAAGCAGAAAGUAACCUGGUGGAAAAACUGUCUCCAACCAUGACAGCUCUACUUAGACUUGUUAAAUCCAACAGACUCAUACGUAAAUACACACGAUUACAAGUCCUGCCACCUCUGAAGGACGUAAUGAAGCGUCCAGAAGAGGGUAAAUCCUUGCGAGCGAAGCUCUGCAAGCUCCUCACUUCACCGCUAAAUGAAGUUCGCGACCUUGUCGCAGAAUUUGUAUUUGUACUAUGCAAAGAAGAUGUUGGUCGAAUGGUAAAAUAUACCGGAUACGGAAAUGCAGCUGGUAUGUUUGCCAAUAAAGGACUACUUCAUCAAAGACAACCGGACACGAAUUAUUCCUCAGACUCGGAAGACAGUGAAACCGAGGAAUAUGCGAAGUAUAAAGAACAAAUCAAUCCAGUAACCGGUUGUUACGAAAAACCAAAGCCAAAUCCCUUGGAAGGAAUGAGCGAAGAACAAAAAGAAUACGAAGCCAUGCAACUGGCAGGUCUAAUGGACAAAUUAACAAGCGAAGGUCUGGUUCAGCCUUGUCGAAUCGAUGCAGAUGGAAAACCAAAACCGAUCGAACACGUCUUGGAAUUGCAGAACGAAUUAAUGCGUGGAAAAAACCUCCAACAGGAUUCGGAUUCCGAUUAAAUAUUUGCUUUCAACAUAAAAUAAAAUUCAGAAAAAAAUUAUUCCCAGUCAUAAGUAUGAUUCAACAAUUCUGUAAAUAAAUACUAUCUUACAAAAA